AGAACUCUUUAUCUUUCGUCAGGUAAGAGAUGUCAUAAAACUUUGACUGUAGAGUUAGAAAAAAAAAAUUGUUGUUUAUUGACGUUAUGGAUACAGCAGCCUAAAUGAAUGUUAUCAAUGUUAGAUAUUAGACUGUUGGAUCGGAGCCCAGUGACAGUCACGUUGGCCCAGAGUGAAGACUUAAUCACCAAACCAUGGAGACUCUGAGUCAAUAAUGUGACCACGGCUCCCAUCAAUCACAUUUUUAUACACUGACAUAAAUACAUGUCAACACCACAGGACCACAGGAGUUUUACAGAGCCAGCUGUCACUCUGUUCAGAGUGAAGAGAAAAUAAAAAUGAAACUUAAGGUUUAAAAUGACGUUUAGGAGUCACUUCAUUUAACUGCAUAUGAAUCUGGGAUUACUUUUUUUUAUUAAAUCCAACCGCCCACUGUUGUCUCUUAAAAACCACAUUUAAAAUAACAAGUUCUUUACAAGGUAGGGGGCAGGGGGUGAAAAAGUUCUAAGAAAACUGAAAAGGAAUCUUUAUUUAUGAAUAUAUAAACGCGCUCCUGUAAAUAAUCUUGAUACGUUUUUCAGCCAGCGAUGUUUCCAUCAGAGAAUAUCUUCUCUGUAAAGUUCUGCAGGAUCUCUUUUGCAUAAUGUUAUAAUGUUAUAUGUGUGUGUGUAUAUAUUGUAAAUAUAUGUGUGCAUAAAUAUAUAAAUAUAUGUAAAUAUAUACACAUACACAUAGAACUGCUUCCCAUCCAGGCUCUGUUAUUCAACACUUGAUUAUAUAUCAACUUAGUUUCUAUUGGUUCACGUGUGUAUGUGUUAAAAACAAAGUAAUCACUGCUUGGUUUGGCUGUUUUCAACCCACUGAAAACAAGUGGUUGUUUACUGUCAGUGUGGUUUUUUUUUCUGCUCUCAUCACAGCAUGAGGUGUUGCACAGUAUUUUGCACCGUGACGUGAUUCAAGAAUCAAACGUGAACCAAUUUGACCAGGAGGAAAAACCUGACAGUUUUACAACCCAGUCCACAAAUAAGAAUAUGCUUUCACAACGAGGGUUCCUGUGAGCGGACAGGGUUCUGCUGUUCUGAGAGGGUUCUGUCUGUCGCUCACAGCACACCUUUUUUUUGACACUGACAGCCACAGGAUUUCAUGGUUUGAUAUGUGUUUUAUUAGCUUCACAUCUGCAGUUCCUCUCCUGAAACUGCUCUACAGCUUCAUAGAAAAGAAAAUAUAUAAAUAUAUUUCUUUUCAAAUCUAGAACAAUUGAAAGAGACGAGAACAGCUGCAGACUGGGCUGCAGGGGAGUGAAAGCUGCAUAUUUAACUGUAUGUUGAUCUUUAGCGUCUCCUAGUGGCCACAUUGAAGUAGUACAAGGAGCUGUAUUUUUUUUCCAAAGGUAACUGCAACAACAUUUGCAACAGUAGUUAAAUAUUAGGUAUGUUUAGUAAUAAAGUAGCUGCUCCAGAGGAAGAAGAGACAUGACCUUCGGUCCGUUAUUCUCUGAGGGAACAGAUGUUGAGAUCCUGCAGCGAGUAAAUGCACUAACUGUGAUAGAGUAAUGAUACUUAUGCUUGUUUUCUGGAACACUUGGAUUUCUGCAUGUGUGUGUGUGUGUGUGUGAUCUAUAAAAGAUCACUACACUCUCUGCAGUUACAGCCUGGCAUUAGCUCAGAUCUUAGUUUGUAGCCAAUAAAUGAUUCAGCAGCUCCAUCAUGGUUCCAUCUCCCAGUUUUAGGCGGAGGCAGCUGAGCGCUGGGGAGAGGAUUAAACAUGAGGUAUAAGGUACUGGGCAGGAGAUUGUAUCAUUACUCAGUAUGAUUCCCCGCAGUUCAGUAAAGAAACUGCAGACGAUAUUAACUAUUCACGAGUUGAGCUUAUGGGCUGGGCAAAGUAGAACACUUCCUUUAGGUCGAGGCAUAAAUCUGAAAGUUUUGUUCCUUUAAGUCCUUCUUUGAAAAAAAAAAAAAGAAAACCAAUUUAUUUCCAUGUUAUUUUUGUUAUUUGCGGGGAAAAACAUAUUAUUCUGUAAUCACAACAUCAUUAUUAAUGUGAAUCUGCUAAUAAUAGCCCUGUAUUUGUUAUUAUCUGUACAUUCUCUUACUGUUGUUUCUCAUUCACCAAAGUUUUCCUGCCCAUCGUCCACUAAUGAAAACACUGCAAAUACAAAAUUGCUGAGGAAGUAACUGGCAUUUCCUGACCAAGUCAAGCAGCAGAAGGCGCACGGAUGAUAAGACAAGGAGCCCUCACUGUUUCGAAGAAAAAAAACCCAACCCAUACUUAGUGGUUGACACACUCCACCUCUGCCUUCCUGUGGCCCUUCCCCUGUUCUUCUCGUUGUCCUUUGCUGCCCCUGCCCUCUCGCACCACUGCAUUCACCGUUAAAUCUGAAAGCAGUAAACCCAAAUCACCCAGGAUGGAUUUCAGACCCCACGACUUUCUGCUGCAUCUGCUCCUCACCAUCCUCCAACUUUUGGCAAACGGUGCACGAGGACAGUCAUUGUACAUCAUAGACAAUGUUGGCCUCUGGAUCCUCCCUGCCAACACUGUGCCCAGUGGGACGUCAGUCACCCUGCAGUGCCAGGUCACCGUCAGUCACGACAACACUGCACACCUGAGCCACACCUUCCAGCUCAGGCGUGACGAGGUUCUCAUCUACAGCAUCACCACCACUGAAGAUAAGGUGACGUUUGAACUGACCCCGUCCAGGGCUGCCGACUCUGGGAGCUACGAGUGUCAGGUCACAGUCAAGGAAAAAAGCCAGAAGAGCCACAGCCAAAAGCUGGAGGUGACAGGUCUCCAGACCCCGGUCCUGAACCUGGAGACCAACACACUCUACGAGGGUAAUGACUUCAAAGCCACCUGCAGAGCUCCGGAGGAGAAAGGAUCCCUCGUUUUUCGAUUCCUCCGGAGGUACAGAAACGAAGAGCCUCAGACGAUGAAAACAGUCCCAGCCACCGGGAACUCCUCGGAGACCACGCUGGUCCUGGGUCAGGCCGGAGACUACUCCCUGUACUGCGAGUACGAUAUCACACUGGUUUCUGGGACCAGGCGAUCCAAUCACAGCAAUGAGGAGCAUGUGAUCGUCAAAGUACUGACAAUCAAGCCCGUCAUGAACGUGCUGCCAUCGUCUAACGUCUACGAAGGCGACCUGGUGGAGGUGGUGUGCAGAGUUGAGGGCGCUGUAAAAGACGUCCAUAUUUACCUAACGAAGAACAAGAGGAUCCUGAAUGAAACCUCCUCCUCCAUUCUCCGACACGUAUUCAGAGCACAGGAAGGAGAUUCUGGGGAGCUGGUGUGUAAGACGGAGUGGAGAAAUGUGCAGAAACAAAACUAUUACCCAUUCACAGUCAAAGAGCUCUUCUCAAAACCAAGACUGGUUCUGGAGCCUUUAGAACUUUUCGAGGGAGACCGCAUGACACUGACCUGCACCGUCACUGUUUACGUCCCUGAGCGGAUCAGCCAAGGAACCCUGCAGUACACCGUCUACAAGAACAACGUCAAGAUAACACCUUCUCAGAGCUACAUCACCAUGGCACAUCCCAGCAACAACGGAAACUACACCUGUAAAGCCGCGGCUAACUUUCGGUCGCACAGUUUCAUUAAAGAAAGUCAGACAGUUGUGGUUGAGGCCAAAGUUAUGCUCUCCAAGCCAGUGUUGAGCGUGGUGAACGGUACGCUCAUAUUAGGAAAACCUUUCCAGCUUCACUGUCACAGCGACAACGGCACGCUUCCCAUCAAGUACACCCUACAAGGUCCAAAGGGGUUCGUCGGGUUCGUGAUGGUGACCAGGCCGGAGCAAAAGGCCAUCUUUAACUGCCCGCCCAUCUACAAGAGCUCAGACCUCAACAAAUUUAUUUGUCACGCAAAUAACAGCCCACAAAGGCCUGUCGAGUUUGGAUUAGUGUCGCAGCUGUUCCAGACGACCAAAAUCAUAGAACCCGUGUCACAGCCUGUGUUAACCAUACACCCCCAUAUGGGGGACGCCUCUGAGGGUCAGGACCUGACCCUGAACUGCUCCGUUCAGAGCGGCACUCCUCCCAUCACCUUCUCCUGGUAUCACACUGAGAGAGGUGCUCUCACCACUCAGACCUCCAAGAAACUGGAGCAGUCCUUUCACAUACGCAACAUCAAGGAAAGUCACAAGGGUGGAUACUACUGCAGGAGCGACAACGACGCCAGCCACACCAAGCAGAGUAACACCGUCACUGUCAAAGUCAGGUGGGCCGGCUGGAAAAAAGGUCUCGUCGCGUUCUUCUGUAUCCUCCUGGUCCUGGUGCUGAUCAUCGUUGUCGCCUUCAGGAAACGCCUCCGUCAGUUCAAAAGGAAACAAACAGUGGAGCUGUCGGUGAAGUCGGCCGGCACCAAAGUGGAGCGACUGAGUCUCACUCAGGCCGACAUGAUGGAAGCUGCAAAUGUGACACCGGGCAUGAUGGGUAAAAGUGUUUGGAGCGAACACGUUUCAGUCUCCGAAUCUGAUGAUCAACGCAGCGAGGCGGCAACUGACGCUGUAUAUACAGGUCCAGAAGAGAAGGGAACAGACGUCAUGAAGAACGACAUGAGGAACUCCAAACAUGAUGAUGCAGAACAGACCGAUGGUCAGGGGUCACUCCAAUAUGCAGAACUGAAUCAGAAUAUUGGUCACCAUGGCGACCAAGGAGACACCGUAGACCAGCACAUUGAGCAUGUAGACCAUGAAGGACACAGCGACCAGUCUGUCCAACAAGACCACCUGGUUGAGACUGAGACCGACCCGGCCGUCAACGGAGAAUGAAUGAAACCAUGACCAAGGACCCCCCCCCUGCUGACUGGACGUGAAUAUUUAUUUUUCCUUUAUUUUUCCAGCUUUUUUUUUACUCUGAUGCAGCUGGAGAAAUCACAUGAUACUGAGGGGAAUUACAAAAUGUGUUUUUACGGGGAGGUGGGUUUAAACGGGGUACAAAGACAGACUGCACAGCAAAUUCACUUGCUUUGAAAAGCAAAUAAAACGUUUGUUUCACUGUUCAAAA